AGUUUACCAAACGGUCACAUUCCGAUCGCGAGUUUGUUUACAAUUUUUAAUAUUUAGUUUUGUUUUUCUUAAUUUUUUGUAAUUUUAAUUUUUAGUCAAUUGUUAAAUUAGUGCACAUAGACAGCGUAAUUGCUAAAGUGUUAAGUGAAGUGUUAGUGGAUCGACAUCAGAAGCAAUUGUAAAGUUGUAAUAUUUCUGGACUUCCCCUAAAUUAAGACAAGAACAAAAAUGCAAGAAGAACUGGACAACAUAGAAUUGGAUGAUUUACCGUCUGUAGAACUGGAUCUCAACUUUGCCCAGAAAGUUUCGCUAUCGUUUCUGCUUUUUGGAGUACAACAUUCGCAUGCCUCGUUCAUACUGCAAAAGCUAUUGACGCUGGUGCGAUCGCCGCCCGAGGAGCAGCUCAAUAGCGAUCUCUUGCGUCUCUAUGCGCAUGCGAAUCCCGGCAGCUGGCGUUCUCAUCUCGUCGAGGCGCUGUGCAUCAUCAAUGCACGCCGUGUGCUACGCAAAUUGGGAUUGAAUUGGGAGCAGCUGCGUCUGCGGUAUUUGCCACAUAUUUCGGAAAUUUCUCUGCAUGUGCAUCCAAUGCUCAAGGCUCUGUAUGUGAUCUGUGAACGCCUGACAGUGGCACAAAGUGGCCGCCUCGUCUUGGACAUCAAUGAGAAGUUGGCGCGACAACGCAACGAAGGUGAUAUUGGGGAACCGUUGCGUUUCUAUGAUUUGGAAUAUUUGGAGAUCUUUAUGUUGGAUUGGCUGACACGGCGACAUAUACGUCUGGGCGACAUCGAAACCAUUGGCAGCGAUGUGCAACUGCUGAUCGAGUAUUUCAAGUUCCACGACAUGCAUCAGUUUGCCACGCUGCUCAUUCAAACCUACAACUCAAAUGCCAGCGCCCAAGAGUACAUUAAGUGUGAAUCGGAUGCAGAGCCAGAGCAACCAACUAGUGUGGUGCAGCCCGCUGCUAGGAGCAAUGCCAAUGCCAGCAAUCCGAUAGCAUUGCAGUCUGCUAAGCGGGUGCGGCAAGAGAACGCUGGCAUUUUGUUGAUCAUCAAUCAGCAAACUUUUCAUCGGAAUGUCGAUGAGGAAUUUCGCCAUUUGUUGCCAACUGAAAGUCUGCGCAAACGCGAAGGCACCGAUGUGGAUAAAAGGCGGUUGACCGAAGUAUUCUCGGCUCUCGGCUACAGCGUCGAAUCACACGAUAAUGUCGAUCAUCUGACGAUGUUGGAAUUAAUACGCAGUGUCUGCGAUCGGUCGAUGAUGCGAGAUUCAUUGAUUGUAUGCAUCUUGUCGCAUGGCUUCGAGGGCGCCGUCUACGGCUGCGAUAGCAUUCCAUUGAGCAUCAUUGAUUUGCAGUGGGUGCUCUGUGCGGAUAAGAAUCUUAACGAGACGCCCAAGUUGCUCAUCAUCCAGGCGUGUCAGCAGAACGAGAAGAACAAACAAACUCGCGAUGUGAAUGCUGGUCGAAUGCCGGUCAAUCAGCUGGGCAACAUGGUGGUGGCCAUGUCAACGGUGCCCGGCUAUGUGGCGCUGCGACACAGCCUCAACGGCAGCUGGUUCAUUCAGACACUAUGCGAGACGGUCCGUGAGCAUGCCGACAACGAUCAUGUGCUUGAAAUCUUGACGACGACCAUUGGAAAGGUGAGCGAGAAGCGAGGCGACAAGGAUCAGCAAAUGGUUCCACUUUUAAGCAGCACGCUGCGACAAAAGGUUUUUCUACCAGCCCGCAACACUGUGCUAAAUAAAUAAACUCUAUAUGUGUUAUAAAA